CCAGCUAUUUAAUUAGUUAAGUUAGUACAUUUUUUGUACUUUAUUUCUACUAGAAACACAGUUACAUUGAUGAUCGCCCCAGUUACUUAACAAUAUCCAUAUACACAUAGAGCAAUGUACGCUUUUUCUUCUUCUUCCAUUUCACCAUCUUGCUCCACAUUAAGAGCAAGAAAUGCGAUCGCGACAAUUGUCGUUGUUGUUAUCGUCUUGUCGAGUGGGUCUUAUGCCCAGCUUUCCCCUAAUUUCUACGCCAAGACAUGUAAUGAGCCCCAAUUGUUUGCUGCUGUAUCUCAAGCUGUUAAAAAGGCCAUAGACAAUGAAAAGCGUAUGGGAGCUUCGCUCCUUCGCCUCCAUUUUCAUGACUGCUUUAUUCAAGGAUGCGAUGCAUCCAUCCUGUUGGACGACAUGCCUGGUUCACCUUACAAAGGAGAAAAAACAGCUUUGAUUAACAACAAUUCGUCAAGGGGGUUCGAUGUAAUUGAUGCAAUCAAAUCGGAGGUGGAGAGUGUGUGCCCUGGCGUCGUGUCUUGUGCAGAUGUUAUUGCCAUGGCUGCUCGUGACUCUGUUGUUCAACUUGGAGGACCAUCGUGGGAUGUCAAACUUGGACGAAGAGACUCCUUAAACGCCAGCUUUAGUCUAGCGAACGGCACUUCAGUCCCAUCUAUCCUUUCCAACAUUACCGUCCUAAUCGAAAGCUUCAAAAAAUUUGGGCUUUCCCCUACUGAUAUGGUUGCAUUAUCAGGAGGACACACAAUUGGAAAGGCAAGGUGUUUGACUUUUAGGCCUCGCCUUUACAGGGAGGGCAAUAUUAACGAGUCCUUUGCCAGUAAUCUCAAGGAGAUUUGUCCUUCUAGUCCGGGAAAUGGGGAUGUGAAUUUGGCCCCUUUUGACCUUCAAACUCCAGAGGCCUUCGACAACAAGUACUACGGUAACCUCAUCAACCAGACCGGACUUCUUCACACUGAUCAACUGCUCUUCGGUGGUGGGGACAAAAACGUUGAUGAAUUGGUUAAACAAUACAGCCAGAACCAGACCCAGUUCUUCCUUGAUUUUGCCAUUGCGAUUGUCAAGAUGGGAGAUGUUGGGGUCUUAACCGGAUCGGCAGGUGAGAUCAGGAAGAAUUGCAGAAGGCCUAAUAAAUAAUUCAUUCACUAUACAAAUCAUGACCACCUGCACCGCUUUCAUCCUAUGUAGCACGAAAACACUCCGGAAGGAAUACGUUUUCGUUUAAAAAACUCUAUGAACUUUUUAGAAAUUCUCCAAACAAUUGUUUUUCUACAAAUAUUUCCGUUUUCCCGUGUUUCCCACGUUUCCGUGCAAUAUAGCAGUUUCAUCAUUUUUUUUCUUGUACUAAUUAAGAGUCAUUGGGUUUAUCCAUGUUGAAUUUGGUCAGUCUGUCAUUUAUGUAUGCUGCGGCCUAGCUACUCGCUGCAUGUUUGUUUCUUGAUUCUACUCUUAUUGCCUUCAACCGGCCGGGGCAGGUACCAUUUUAUGUGGUUCUGUUAGUUAAUUCUAUCUUAACCUUUGGCCAAUUAAUUGGUUUACAGAUGCCAAGAUCUAAAGUUUCACUUUUAUAUCUUCU